AUGUCGUCACUUCGCAAGUUGCAGCAGGAAAUAGAGAAAACGCUGAAGAAGGUGCAGGAGGGUCUGGAGGUGUUUGACGACCACCAGGAGCAGUAUGACACCACCGACCCGGCCAACGCCAAUGCGCGGGAGAAGCUGGAGUCGCAGGCGCGUGCUGCUGGCUGGGACGGUGCCUGCCAGGGGGGGCCUCCAUCCGCUGUGCUGCUCGUGGGAUCCACGCCCGUGCUCAAGGACCAGAUCAAGAAGCUGCAGCGGCUGCGGGACUCCAUCAAGACAUGGUGA